AUGGCCGAAAAACAGGUUCCUGUCAUUUCGCUUAGAGAAUUUGAGCAACGCAGGGACGAGAUCACAGCAAAGCUAAUCGAAGCAGCCGAAAAUGUUGGCUUCUUCACUUUGGUUGAUCAUGGCAUUUCGAAGUCAGAAAUCGAGGCCCAAUUCUCCAUUUCUAAAACAUUCUUCAAUCUCCCAGCCGAGAUAAAGGGAAAAACAGCCCAUAAUCCCAUAACAAACAACGGAUGGGAAUAUAAGGCCCAGUUGCGUCCCAGUACCGGCACAUACGACCAGAAGGAGUCGCUUUGGCUCCAACGAAACUCUGAUUGGCCGAGUGAUGAUGAUGUGCCGGGGUUUCAUGAUACGACCCGUGAAUUCAUGAAAAAAUGUGCCGGCAUUUCCGACCAGGUUUCGUCCGAAAAAGCUGUCGGAACAUGGAGAGCCGGAAGUCACACUGAUGUUGGAUGUCUUACUCUUUUGUUCCAGCGCGAUGGAGAAGACGGACUUGAAAUCUGCCCAGGCCGAGAAAGCCAUUCUAGUUUUGCAAGUGGCGAUGUCUUCACUGCUCUUCCGGCUGAAACAGGUCCCAUUGUCGUCAAUAUUGGAGACAUGCUCAUGGCGUGGUCCGAUGACCGUUUGAAAUCCAACUUUCACCGAGUGCGGGCCAAAGACGAGGGUAUGUCGCCGUCUCGAUACUCAAUUGCUUACUUCAAUCAAGGGAGGCGCGACUUCGUACUGCAGGGACCGCUGAAAAAAUAUUCCCCCAUAACCGUUGGCGAGUAUGUUGCCCAGGCGGUCGCUAAGAACUUCGGACAGUCGAUAAAAGCGGGUGCUAAGGAAGAAGUUCUCUUCAAGUAA